ACGAGAUUGCGAUAGUAGUUAGUUCUUCUUUUUGGGGACCAACGCCCGAGUGGUUGAAAACUCUGAGAGAGAAACUUGAUGUCAGUUCUGUUUGAUUUCAGUUACAUUUUCCCUCACUAAAAAAAAAAUGUGUCCUGUGGAGAAUGAAGAUAUCGUGGAAAAGCAAGCAGAAAAGCGGCAGUAAACGAUCUCUCCCUCUUGUAUCCCCAAAUCUCCCUUUCGAGUCGGCAGAAGAAGAAGACGGCAAUUGCAACAAUAACAAUAAGACCAGCAAUGUAACUGAAGCAUCAAAUACAACAAUCGAAGAACAGAAUAAGAAAAAGAAGCUUGAUCAUACUGAAACUGACAAUCACAAAACCCUAACUUCUUCUGUUGCUGUUCCUGAAGACUUACAUCUCUCUCAGACCUUUCAGUCUCAAGGCAAUAAGCUUGCUGAGGAUGGGAGAUACAAAGAGGCAUUAACAAAGUGGGAGGCUGCACUUACACUGACUCCUGAUAGAGCUGUUUUACAUGAACAAAAGGCACAAAUUCUUCUUGAGAUUGGAGAAACUUGGAAUGCGUUAAAGGCAGCCACUCGGGCAACUGAAUUGGAACCCUCAUGGUCCGAGGCUUGGGUAACACUUGCAAGAACACAGUUAAACUUUGGGGAGCCAGAUGCAUCAAUUGAAAGCCUCGACAAGGCAUUAGCGAUCCAGCCUGAUUCUAAGGAGGCACAAGAUGACAGAGAAACUGCAUUGCAUCUAGUAAAGAAGAGAAAACAGCUGCAUGAAUCUGGCCUGAACGAAACUGACAUUCAUUACACGGUUGGAGAUAGGUCGAGAACCUCAUAAAGUUCCUAAAUAGAAGAGUAAAGAGAAAAGGAAUGAUAGUGUUAAAAGACUCUUAAGGUGGACCUCCGGGACAAGUUAGGUUAGCAAGUGAGCGCUCUGUAGUCUGUAGUAAUAUGUUGGAUAUGUUUAAAAGUUAAAACACAUGUGUACAUAUGUUGGAUGAUGACAGAAGACGGUACUUUAAAGUCAGAGAAUGAGAACCAAAAUACCAUGUAAAGUUGGGAUAUGUUUUUCCAUCCAAGUAAAAACCUUUUUAACUGGUUCCA